CGUUCAUUGACGAGGACGCGACGUAUGGACAAGGAAAAUGAACGCGAAUAGGUCGGGUUAGGGUGGGAGGAUUCCUGUGGUCGCGUCUCUAAGGUGGGCGAGUUCUUAUAAAAUGAAAUGGGGCUGCCGAAAAGGCGUCACACCAACCAAUUCGUUUUGUACGUUCAGGAAUAUCCUAACUCGUUCGACACCGAGACCAGCGACAAGAUGCAUCUCGCUAGCUUCGCAGUUCUCGCUAUUGUAUGCGGCUGCUUUGUAUCGUACAUCUCAGCCGAGGAUGUUUUACCAGCCGAAGAAGGUGUUUCUUCGAUCCUCGACAGCAGCCCCGCCAUACAAACAGAGAACGACGCAAGCUCUGGAGUCACGCUCAACAGACAAAAAAGGACGCUCUUUUUGAAGAAGAAGCUUCUAGGUGCAGGACUUCUUGGUUUUGGUUUAGGCAUCGCGAAAGGAUAUAAAGCUGGAUACUACACUGCACCGGAAGUUCAUCAUGUCUAUCUGUCACCCCCACCACCAGCUGUAAAAUACGUCGAAUACGUUGAGAAACCCAUUUUCGUUGAAAGGAUAGUCGAAAGGCCAGCACCAGUUUUCAAAGAAGCUGCUCCGUAUGGUGCCUGGUAACAAAACGAAAUUUCGACGGAUCGAUAAUCUAAAAUUGGACAAACGGACAAGAAAUCGUUAGGUAGUUUUACUUGCAGCGAGCGACCCUGUACAUAGGUUAAACAUGAAUAUGGUGAACAAGCGGUGUAUAAGAAAAAUAUAGAUAUUUUCGUAUUUCCGUUGAAUCCUUGUCUUUUUCUUUCCCCCUCGUACGCCAGACCUGGAGAAUUGAAGGAUAAGGGAUGAACGAAUAUCGUUUCAAUUUUCAAUCGAUAAAAUUUUACUUCUCAGGACUUAAUAUUAUGUUAACGCGUUGUAACAUCCAUUCAAUAAUACAUCUUCGGCCGCAUCGUUACGGAAAAGAAACCAUGAACAUGUGGUUUCGUUCGUCUUGGAUAGAGAUGGGCAAAAUUGUAUUCGAACGAUGGAACGACGAAUAAAGAGAAAGAUAAUCAAACAGGAAAUAUAAUUUUAUUUGCCUUCUAUUCUUUAUUCGUUUUGUAUUUAGAUAGGAAUUUUGCCCAUUUCCGAUCUCCGAUGACAUUCAUUUAGCGUAAUCUUAAGAAAUACUUGUACGUUACGUUUUAUUACCGUUUUGUCGUCUUUCGUUGACAAAUCGUAUCAGUAAAAUUCUGAAACAGCGCCGAUUCGAUCGACGCAAACACUCGGAGGAUUCUCAAUAAAAUUCUCGCGCGCGAAUCCUCGUCACAUCGAAAUCGUCAAUCUAUAUCGUAUAUCCUAUGUACACUUAUGUUAUACAUCUAACACACAGAUUAUUGCAUAACCACACCAGCCACGUCCGCUUACGUGCCUUUCUUGCGUUUCCCCUCAAAUUGGCUCACCGUUCGGACGUAUGUAAUGUACGUAUGUAAUUUUCUUUGGCGCAUCGAAAUGCACUUUGAUUCUUUAAUCUACUUAUUGUUAGUCUCGAGUUGUAUUCGAGGAAAUCGCGUAAUCGAUUCUCGGGAUAAUUGCACGAAGAGACGAACAAAAAAUUUAAAAUACGGAACAAACUACACACACUCCUAUGCGUUAAGAUUUCGAAUUAUUGUCGACGAUUUGGAAGCGAUAAUGAAGAGUCUCGGAAUGAUAACGAUGUGCAAAAGUCAGAAAUUUCAGUGGAAAGUAAAAGUUCCUCCCUGUUACCCUGUCAGCGCGUCUAACGAACACUGUUCAACAGAUUCGUCCAUUUUAUUUUUGAACGAUAGUGGAUUUAAUACACCAGAGAAAAAUUAAUUUAAAUCGUUAGAUCCAAUCAACGCUUUUACACCCGUUUACCAUCAGAAAGUAUUUUCUAAAAAAUAUACGAUGAUCUCACUCUGUUCAAUCGCAGAAUGUAUAAUAUUCAUUCGACGUUAAAAAGAAACAAGAAUAAAUGCGUAUGCAUGAACGUUUGUACGUAAUAGAGAUUGUCAUCCGCGAUAACGGGACCGUAUAAUUCAUCUUUUCCCUACAUUCUAUCAUCUCUUGCGCGUAGCCCGUCAAGUUAAGUAGGAUUCCUGAAUUCGUGUAACCCAGUCUCAGAAGUCUUACUAAACUUAUCGAGCUAUGAAUACACACGAUUCACAUUGACUGUCGAUUAUCAGUGAUUGCGGAAAUAGGAUUGUAAAGUUAAUUUCACGUAGAACGAAACAUCUUCUUUCUGAAACGAGUUCUCGGUUUACGAUUCCUACAGGAUCAUUGCAGCUCCUUGACGCGUGGCGAUUGUCAUUGUUCGUGGGAAAUUUUAACGCAGGAGUUACUCGUGGAACAAGCGUUCAACGUUCCAAGUUUCAAC